UUUUUGGCGUAUACUCUAGAUUUGACUUCACGGGCAUCAACUAAACUGCAUAGGUGAUCCAGGUCAGGAAAUAGCGCUUCAAUACAAGAAAGAACUCAUUCGGUGUUCACAAGAAAAUGAAUUUUAAACUUCUGUUGCUAGCAUGUGGAGUUCUCUGUUUGAAGAGCAUAGCACAAGCAAGACAAGGUGUAAAAGUAUCUCUUCUUCUUGUCAGCUUUACGAAUCCUAGCAGCAAGGAUUUCAAAAACCAGUGCUGUGAUCCUUUGUGCAUGCAGUGUAAUUAUUUCUUCGAGAUUUGCUUGAGCGAAACUACACCAGACAACUGUGUCUUCUCAGCUAAAACCAGGACAUGGGAUAACACUAUCGACAUCGUGUUUAGGCAAGGAAAAGGACAGCUUGGAAACUCGCACGAUAAUCCUUUAGUAAAGGAACUGUUGUCUUGGAAGGGGAGGCUUAAGGUUUCGAUAAAAGUUAAGGAUUAUGACACAUUAACUAGCGCUGACUUGGUAGACAAGUAUUCUAUUGAUAUUCCUGUCACUCCUACCGCUGGUGUUCUGCAAGAGUCAUGGACAGAAAGAGCUGUAAAGGGUAUUCCAAGUUCAAUGGUAUUACGGUACAGCGUCCAGUGCAAUAGGGAUUAUUAUGGACCUCAAUGCACGACAUAUUGCAUUGCACGUGACGAUAGCCGUGGUCAUUACACAUGUAACUUACAAACCGGAAGUAAAAUGUGUCGAUCUGGUUGGUACGGAAGCGAUUGCCUCACAUACUGUAUGCCACGGGAUGAUGACGUCAACGGACAUUACACAUGUCAUCCAACCACGGGAAGUAAGAUCUGUCGCACAAGAUGGUAUGGAAGAACCUGUAAUACAUUCUGCAUGGCUAGAAAUGACUCUGGGGCAGGCUACACCUGUGACAAAGAUGGCAACAGAGUUUGCCUCAGCAACUGGUAUCCUAGCAACCGAUGUGACUUUUACUGUAAGCCAAGAAACGACUCGAAAGCAAGUUACGCAUGCGACACGACGACAGGUAAAAAAACCUGCUUGACUAGUUGGGCCGGACUUGAGUGUGACUGCCGACCGAGAAACGACUCUACUGCUGGAUUCUACUGCAAUGCAACAACAGGGCGCAGAAUUUGUCUAGACGGGUGGUUUGGCAGUCACUGCGACAAGUACUGCAUACCAAGGAAUGAUUCUACUACUCAUUAUACCUGUAAUCCCGAGACAGGGGCUAAAGAAUGUUUGCCGUAUUGGUUCGGAAAGAACUGUGAUGUGUAUUGCCCACCACAAAACGAAUCCACAGCACAAACCAAAUGUUCAGUUAAUAACACACUGAUAUGCGCGCGCAACUGGUAUGGCUCCAACUGUACAGUGUUCUGUGAGCCUCGAGAUGAUGACGAAGUUCACUACACAUGUGAUCAAGAGACGGGACAAAAGAUCUGCCUUCAGGAGUGGUAUGGGGAAAACUGUAGCAAUCACUGCGUUCCUCGCGAUAAUGAUUGGUUUGGUCAUUUUGACUGUGGCUCUGAUGGGAGCAAACGUUGUCAUUCUUUUUGGCAUGGCGCGUAUUGUACAAAAUACUGUAAGCCACAGAACAACUCAGAAGGGUACUACCGCUGCCGGAACUCAGACGGCGAGCGUAUUUGUCUCGAGAACUGGUUUGGAGUAAAGUGUUUGACUUUCUGCAAAGAAAGGGAUGACAGUACAGGACAUUACAGAUGUAAUGAUAUUGAUGGAAACAUUGUAUGUUUAGAAAACUGGUACGGAGAUAAUUGUACUGUGAAUUGUGUACCAAGAAACGAUUCUGAGGGACACUUUACUUGUGAUAUUAGAACAGGGCAGAAGAUUUGUUUAAAAGGCUGGACAGGACGGCACUGUGAAGAAGCGAUACCCACAAUUCCAGGAACAACGCCAGAACCAAUAACUUCACAAAUACCACCAAAAAACAAAGAAAGCAAAGGAGACGACUCAGGUGUAGAGCUGAAUAAACUAUCAUUAGCACUGAUUCUUGGUGGAUUUCUACUCUUGAUUUGCAUAACUGUUGGUGCGUCCAUUGUCAUAUGCAGCCGUAGACAAGUUAAGAGGCCGGCCAAACCUUUUCCGUAUCUGAGAUAUCAGACCUCCGGACAAGAUUCUCUUGAACGAAAGGAGGACACUCCUAACGAGAACGGAGGAGACUCGGAAACAGAUAUGGACCCAAAAGCAAAGCGACAGAGCAGAGUGCCUAACUUGUUGUCACAGUACGAUGAUGAGCAGUUUAGACAAAAAGAUGUGUUUAUUAAUCUGCAAGAAAUUUCUUGGAACGACGAUGGCUCGCGUAAAGUAGACGACAAACUAAUCAUGUACAACAACCCCUUGUUCACAGAGAGAACAAGCGUCACCCCAGAUGUGCCCUCUCCUGACCCGCGGGUCGAUCCUGUAACGGGAUUGCGGGACAACAGUGACUGGGUGGCCAUCUUCGAAUCGUACGAGUCUGGAGAAGUCGAAAGUGGUGGUCGGGUAUCGGUGGCUUUCAAACGCUACCGCAAUCCAUCACAUCGUAAAUGGAACGGCAAAUGCUGUGACGUGAAGCUGUGGGGUCGUUGUAGAAGAUGUGAUACUUACUUCAAGAUUUGCUUGACGGAGGUACCCAACCCUCGUUCCCUUAGUAGAUGUACCUUGGCAAACAUCCGUACAUCAAAGAUGGGACAUGAUGAUAUUUACAUGAAGUUUAGCACUCUCAGAUCCUUUACUUCUUUUACAGGUAAAGUUGGCCUGUACGUAGAGGUUUGGGACUGGGACAUGAUCACUAACGACGAUCUCGUAGAUAGAAUGUCCUUGACCCUGUACGUUAGAAGACCCGACCCUAACGGACAGUCAUCCUCCGUAUAUCCCCGGACCCUACGAGGAAGGCGCGCCACCAUGGGUGUUGAAUUCAAGGUAUACUGCUCACCGUUCUACUAUGGUCCAUCGUGCACGAAGUUCUGUAAACCGAGAAACGAUCGCUAUGGACAAUAUCAUUGUGAUUUGAAUGGUAACAUGGUAUGUCAUGCCCAGUGGUUUGGACCUAGGUGUAACAGAAGAUGCACCGAACACGAUGACCAACAUCACGGACACUUUAAAUGCGAUGCAUUGGGUAACAGGUCCUGUCGUCCUGGGUGGCAUGGCAAACGAUGCAAUAGGUAUUGCGUUUCUUACGAUAACGAUCAGAGAGGCCAUUACGUAUGUAAUUCUCAAGGGGUAAAGAUCUGUCGCACUGGGUGGCACGGCUCAGGAUGCAAGAGGUACUGUUCGCCUAAGAAUGAUAACGUCUAUGGUCAUUACCACUGUGAUACUGAUGGCAAUAAGGUGUGCAUGCCAGGUUGGUUUGGACCUUCCUGCUUAAAGCACUGUAGGGCCAACAGACGUGUGCAUUGUGAUAAAGACGGCAACAAAGUCUGCAAUACUGGUUGGUUUGGACCUUCCUGCUUGAAGCACUGCAUAUCUAGUAGACGUAUGCAUUGUGAUAAAGAUGGCAACAAAGUUUGCAAUACUGGUUGGUUUGGACCUUCCUGCUUAAAGCACUGCACUGCCAACAGACGUAUGCAUUGUGAUAAAGACGGCAACAAAGUCUGCAAUACUGGUUGGUAUGGGAAAAACUGUACUAGAUACUGUAUUCAACACGAUGACCACUUAAAUGGCCACUACAAGUGCAGUCUACCUGAUGGUAAAAAGGUUUGUCUGCCAAACUGGGCUCCACCUAAUUGCAAGAAGUGCAAGAAAGGAUACUACCCACCCGAGUGCAAACGUCGUUGCGAACCCCGGAGCAGCAAACAGCACGGCCACUACACGUGCGACAAACUCGACCAGAAAACGUGCUUGAUGUGGUGGCACAGAGAUGAAUGCAAGACCUACUGUGUACCCCAUCAUGACCCCAUCAAUGGCUACUACACAUGCGAUUCUUUAGGGCAAAGAAAAUGCAUGCUGGGAUGGCAUGGGGAAUUGUGUACCAAGCCUUGUCUUUCAAAAGAUUACAACAUCAGUGGUUCAUGUCAGGGACUUAAAAGAAGUUGUAACGAAGGGUUCUCUCUCCCAGACUGCAUGCAAUGUGAAGUAGGAUUUUACGGAAGGAAUUGUUCUCAGAGUUGUCUCUUGCCAGGGGAGGUCAACGUAGGCAAGGUAGUCUGUAAUGAUUCAGGAGAAAGGAUGUGUAGGAAGUGGUGGUUUGGAGAAAAGUGUGACGUGUAUUGUGUGCCACAUGAUGACGACACAAAUGGGCACUACAUCUGUGACAAAAAUGGGAGAAAAAGAUGUCUUAUGGGAUGGGUAAUUCCUGGAUGUAAAGUAAAAAGUACCAAUUAAAUCAAAAACAGCAACAGUGCAAUAACUGAUAGGAUAGGGUCCUGAAGGAGUAAAAUUAGAUAGUAAAAUUAUAUCGGGGAUUUACUAAUGAUUUCAUAUUGGAAAAAAAGGAAAAAUAGAAAUAGGAAUAGACGUUUUUUCUCAGUGUUGCGCACUCAUCCAGAUCCACUGGAGAAGCUCGAUUGAAGCUUCGGCCACAAUGUUAGAAAAAGAUUUUUAAGACCAAGGUUUGGAGAGAAUUUUUGAAACUAUUCCGACACGACACUAUACGUAUUAUUUCAGUGUUAAUAGUUUUAUCUGGGGAUUAAUGAAUUUCUAAUUUUACUUUUUAAUGGCCUGAGAAAAGAAAUCUCAAGAAAUGAAAUGUUCAAAUCUUUAUUGAUAUGUUCAAAUAAAGGUUUUAUGGUAUUUUA